AUGCUUUCCCCGUUAUGCGGCACAGAAGCUCAUAAAACAAAAAAUUGUAUGGUUUGCAGAAACAAGGCAAGUAUGUUCUGUUGUUUAUAUCAUCUAGAGAAUCGGUCAUUGUGGUUGGAUUUCGUCACCGAAAAGUUUCGGGGAAAACCUAAAUGGCUGAUACCUCUAUUAGCUAGGUAUUCAAGCUGUGACUUUGAGUAUUUUUUUAGGAAAAUUUAUCAGUUUGUGUAUAGAUUAGAAUGUGAUAGGGCUCAUGCUAACUGGAACUUCUAUUUGGCGUGCAGUAGUCUGGUUUUCGAUAAUGUUUCAGGGCCGAGAUAUUUUGAAAAUCUAGCUUCUAAAACUUAUAACUCUAAACGUUUACAUGACGAGGACCUGGAAUUGAAGAGCGUCCAGAUAGGAGGUAAUUAUUGGCACAGUUUAAUAUUCAGAAUUUUCCUCAAGUCAUGUGAUCGCUCGGAUUUAAAAGUUUUAGAUUACUUAGAUUUACAUAAUAAACUAGGUCCUGAAAUAAAAAAAAAUCAGAAAAAUAUUUUGUUCCAGUUAGAUAUUGAAUUCGAUGAUACAAAAGUCAGAGCUUUAUAUCUCGAUCGUGCGUAUACUUUUGGGGAAACAUAUAGGGAAGACCGCGUUCGUGAGCGAUUAUCUGCUGAGGAGGAGACUUGGUAA